UCAAUAUUGGAAUUCUAAAUUAGUGUAAAUAUUUAUCUCCAUUCCUUCCCUACAUCUAAAUUAUUUCGUAUCAAAAUUCAGAGUUAUAAUGGCGUACGACUACGAAAAACUGUUCCUGGUUGAGGUGUUUGUCGACAGCGUGUACAUCUCCACCUCCAGCCUAGACUUGGAUGUCGACACCAAGUCCAAGCUACGAGAGACUUGUAUUAUGUUCCAGUUCCUAGACAAUCCUCCACUGAUGUUGUGCGAAGAGGAUUUCUACAAGUCUCCGCCACGCCGCAGCACCUCCGACGAUCUCGAGAUUCCCUUCAAGAGCGGCAAAUCAUGCAUGUUCUCACUCAGCUCCGAAAAUAUACCCUCCAACUUCUACGUCCACGUAAAGGUACUGAGGAAACUCGAAGACAGAUCAACGAGCAAAAUCAUGAUCGGAACUUCCAUAAUCGACCUCGACCGUAGUUUCGCGGCAAUCUUAAAAUCCAGCGCAGAUUCAGACCUUCCAGUGGCGAAGACGGACCAUGGAACAUACGAGUUGUUGGACGAGAGCAUCAAAAAGAUCGGAGCGAUCUCAGUACUCGUACGACUCUCGUGUUUCGGUCCGCUGAUCGUGACGCAGUUCCAAGUGGGCGCCAAGGACGCGUUCAUGUUCAAAGGAACGGAAGCUAAGGAAGUCGUGGAGAUCCCCGGGGAUACGACUAAAAGACCGAAGAUCGAGGUGGACCCGAACUACGUACCUCCACGACAACCCACUCCUGAUCAACUUAGCCCGUACGGUGAUUGGGUUGACCGACCCAUCAUGAACCCGAUGUGUUACCCUCCAGCACUCCUCCCUCCACCACCACCACCACAGCCAGAGGAGCCGGGGAACUACAAGGAGAUAGUGGCGGAGAUCCGAGGACACUCGCUGCACAUCCGGGUCCCCAUGAGGUCCAAGAAGGAGAAAGAGUUGAGCAAGAAGCGACUGACCGAGGAGACGGAACUCCCGGAAUGUCCGUUCGCGCCGAAACUGAAUCUGUGCGAUUGUGAUUAUCCAGUGCCUCCUGAAGCGAUUCCUCGAUGUCCUCCGCGAUGCUGUUGAUACAAUGCCACCGUGAUCAUGUAACCGUCGUCAUUGCACUAGUCAACAAUAAAAUUGAGUAAAAA